AUGGCCGGACUGGUACAGCAGGUGCCCUCCGUGAGGAUGCGGAGCCUCUCCUUCAGGUCGAACGUCAGCCAGUCCCAAGUACAAAUGCAGUCGUUCCUGGGAUGGUACAACCCUUUGAGCAAGGAGACCAGCCUGAACGCCCCGUCUAUCAAGAAGUGGCUGGAGGUGGGCGCGCAACCCAGCGAUACCGUGGCAGCACUGCUCAAGAAGGCCAUGGUGCUGGACUCAUAA